AGAACUACAAAGCCCAAGCCGCCCUCGCGCAAUCAGCAGCAACGGGGAACACCUGGCUGAGCAGACUACGUGACCCCUGCCAUGUUACUCCAGAAAGCAUUAGGUCCUUGUGAGCUGGGCCUGGGUUGUGCAUUCAUUCUUCUUCUCCAUGGAGUGCAAUCGUCCAGUCUGGUCAAUAAAGCUGUGGAACUGAUGUCCAAAUAUCCACUGAUUGAUGGACACAAUGACCUUCCUCUGCGUCUGCGCAUUCUCCAGAAGAACAAAUUCAGCCAGUUUGAUAUGUACAACCAGACGAAAACAUCCACAGAUAUAACCCGGCUCAAAGCAGGACAUGUUGGAGGACAGGUGUUUGCAGCGUAUGUAUUAUGUACAGCUCAGGACAAGGACGCGGUUAGACUGGCCCUGGAACAGGUUGAAGUAAUACGACGAAUAUGCACCGAAUACCCAGAGAUGAAGCUGGCUACUUCAGCUGCAGAAAUGAGGAACACAGAAAAGAUAGCCUGUAUGAUCAGUAUUGAAGGAGGCCAUGCAAUCGACAGCAGUCUGCCAGCACUGCGUAUGUUCUACCAACUUGGAGUGAGGUCCAUGUCGCUCACACAUACCUGCAACACUCCUUGGGCAGAAAGCUCAUCUCUGAUUUACUCCUUCUACAAGAGAGAGAACAACAGCUUGACAGACUUCGGUAAGGCAGUUGUGGAUGAAAUGAACAGACUGGGAAUGCUGAUAGAUCUUUCCCAUACUUCCUGGGACACAGCACUUGCUGUACUUGAACGUUCCAAAGCUCCAGUGAUCUUCAGCCACUCCUCUUCCUACCAGAUCUGUAACCACACUCGCAAUGUCCCUGAUAACCUGCUCAACAUUCUGAAAAUGAAUGGUGGAAUUAUCAUGGUGAACUUUCACAGUGGUUUCAUAUCCUGCAGUAUGGAAGCAAACAUCUCCCAUGUAGCUGACCAUUUUGACCACCUCAAGCUUGUGAUUGGAGCAGAGCACAUUGGCAUUGGAGGGGAUUACGAUGGUGCCAGUGGAUUUCCUCAGGGUCUGGAGGAUGUGGCCAAGUACCCUGCUCUGAUUGGUGAAUUGUUGAGGAGAAACUGGAGUGAGGCAGAUUUGGCUGGCGUGCUGAGGUUCAACUUCCUUCGCGUGUUUGACAGUGUGGAGAAGAUACGUGAUGAUCUACACAACACUACCCCCAGUGAGGCUGAGAUCUCAUUCAACGAGGCCCAUAACCCAUGUCGUGUAGUACUGAGACCUCCAACACAAACCGAAAAAAUAAGAAAUGUGUUCAGUAGAGGAACUGAGGUACUGUCAAGUGCUCUAUUCUGGACUUUACUUCCCCUUCACUAUGUUUAUUGCAUUGCAAGAUGUUAA